AUGUCCUUGAAUCGUCUCCUGGUCACGCUCGUCCGUCAUGGCGAGUCGCAAGACAAUCAACACGGCAUCUGGGCUGGCUUCAGAGACACGCCACUCACCAGCAAUGGUAUCAGCCAGGCGAGGGCAUUGGGUCAGUCCUUCGCCAACGUUCCUCUCACAGCCAUCUACUGCAGCGACUUGAAGCGAGCAGCGAUGACCGCAGACGAGAUCCUCAAAUCCAAUCGAUCCAUUCCACCACCGCCAUUGGUCCAGUCCAAGUCGCUACGAGAGAUCAACUUUGGUCAGGCUGAAGGUCAGAGCUACGCCAGCGCCGAGUGGAUGCAAAGCUCCACUGGCGAAAAUGCCCGCAGCUUUCGAUUUCCUCAAGGCGAGUCUCUGCAAGAGGUCAACGCUAGGAUAGCAAAGGCAGUCCGUCAAUUCAUCCUCCCACGAGUCGAGGCACUGCGCAAGAAACCACCAUCCCAGGUCGCAGCAUCGGGCGAUGUUGGUCACAUUUGUAUCGUCGCUCACGGUAUCGCCAUUGCCGAGCUCUUGCGUGUCUUUAUGGCGCUUCACAUCCAUUCUCCCUCCAGUCCUUGGUCAGAUCCUAGAGCCUCCUAUCAGCGAGUACGGCUCGAGAAUACGGGCUGGUCUCGCCUCGAGCUAGCCGUGCCUUUUCAGGCAGAAGGCGAACAUCCCAACGACGCCAGCAUCAACCUCAAUACCAUCCCCUCUCAACCUGCAACAACUACCUCUGGUCCUCUCGGUCCAUCUGAAACGCAAUCCGGCUACACCGACUUUGGAGAGGUUCAAACAGACCUCGUCCAAGGGCCAACUGACGACGCUUUGGCAGAUCAGUACAUCUCAAUAUCGCCCGCCAGGCCCGGUGCUGCUGCUAUUCGCUCCACUCCUCUGCAAGCCGAAUCCAGCGCCCGUCCUAUCUAUGUGCGCAUUCUCUGCCAGAACCAGACCGACCAUCUUCGCGCAUUCAACCUACAGCAGUCCUCCACAAGCUCAGCUGCCAAGUCUGUUGCUCAUCUGGCGGGUGGCGGAGCAUCCAAGACCUCGUCCGGUAACAGCCCUGCUCCAAGCGCCGCUCUACAACAUCAGAACAGCUCGGCAUCCACCUCGGCAGCGACCGUGGGUCUACCGCCUUCAGCCACUCUAGCCUCCAUCGCCUCCAACGCUGCCAGUUCCAAUUCUCAUCCCAACACCUCCAUGACACCCUCGACUCCAGCGCCUAGCUCAACGCUCCACAACAAUGGUGCAACAAGGAGCAUCACAACCACGCCUGCAUCUGCCCGUAGUCUCAGCGCUUACGAUUCUCGAAUGAUGGCUCGUGAGCUCGAGCGAGCCAGCGCCGCCUCCAUGCUGGCCGGAUCAGAAGCUGCCACGUCGAGUGCAGCUGGUGCUACCUACUAUCCCCCUUCGAACUCGACAUCCACAAUGGCAAGCGAGAGGCAAGGUUCCAUAGCUGGCUUCAACAGCUCCGUUGGCAAUGGCAGCAACAGCGCUCCCGAUCGAAAUGCUUUCACCGCCUCUCCCGCGGCUGGAGGCACCCUUGGCUCAGCCCAGGCCUCCAGUUCCCAGUCCGCAUCUUCCGCAACGCCAAAUCCUUCCUUGUUCGUGGCAGCGUAUCCUCCAUCAGCAUCGACUACCAUUCCGAACGCAACUUCUCCCAAUCCUGCCGGCGUGAGCUUUCCAGUAGGGCCAGGCACCUCGUCGGAUACAUGGCAGAUGAUUUGCAUUCGUGUUCUUCCUCUCUUCAACGGCGAGGCGCUUCGUACAAGCAUUGAAGAGCUUAACGAGAUGGUUAGCCUUCACGUGCGCAAGACCCUCGAACGAAGCCAGGCUCAUGCCAUCGAGUCACUCACGCUCGAUCUCAUCUCGCUCACUUCGACUGGAACACUCACGCUCAAUUCCAAGCUUCAGGGUCUCGAAGACUCACGCCUCUUGCUUCGUCUCGUAGAAGUUUGGACUUUCUUCCUCGCUCAGGUCCUACCGUAUUGCGAGGGCUGCUUCCUCCCUCUCCAAACCGAUCCGACACUACGCAGUCUCAUCUCCUCUUCAGCCUCAUACGCCGGUGGAACAGGCAGCGCUGGAGCCGGAGCCGGCGCCAACAGCUCCAGUACCGGUCUGUUCAGCGGCAACGCCAAUCUCACCCAGUCUGGCGUCGCUAUGCUUCUUUCCCGGGCUGCCAAAGCCGGCCCUGACUUGCAACGCAUCGAUGUCCGCAAGAUCGUGCUCGUUGUAUUCCGAGAUCAGGUGCUUAUGCCCAUCUACGAGCGGCUCUUCUUCCUCUUUGCCCAUCUGUCCGAGCUCGAUCCUGCUUUCUCAGCUGCAGAAGAUACGACUACCACUGGCGGUGGCGGCGGUGGCGGCGGCGAUGACGGCAUCAAGCAAGUCUCUCUGCGCUUGCUCCAGAUGAUCAGUGUCCUCGCCAGCAUUCUGAGUGAUGACGACGCCCAGGAGGCCAUGGACAAUCUGCUACGUGCGCUUCGAUUGGGUUCCAAGAGCGCUUCAGCUGGUCGUAGCCGAGGCGCUGGAGACGGUCCAGGUGCUCGUUUCACAUCGCCAACUCAGAAGAACCACAGAAGAGGCUGGAUGGCACAAAAGGCUCGCAAACACGGUCCUGCCCUGGGUCUCGAUGUGGGCGCUGGCAAAGGGUCUACACCAUUCGGGCCAAGCUCGACUCUGGGAAACGUCAGCGGCAUGCUACCAUCAACACAGUCUGACUCAGACGGCUUUGGCAAUAUACCACAGCGAGCCUAUCUUACGCGACCAGGCCAUCUGACAAACUUGAAGGACCCACUAGGUCCCCGCUUUGAUGCAGACAUGACGGAAGAUGAAUAUCUCACCUCGCUGCGAUCGCCGGCCGGUUCACCAGCAAUCUCGACACCCGGUAACGCUGAUGCUCCUCCGACUCCCAUAGUGGACCAAGCGAAUUCACCCUCAUCGGCCAUGCUCGACACAGCAGGCCCCCGAUCCGAGGAAGAGCAAGCCGCCAUGACGCCGAUCGCAGGCCAGAGAGGUGGCCCUCCCUUCAGUUCCAAUCCCAAUGAGGUUGAACAAGCCGCACCUGCUGCAGCUCUCGCAGCCUAA